GUAAUCAACAUGUCUGGUCGCGGUAAAGGAGGUAAAGGUCUUGGAAAAGGAGGCGCCAAGCGUCACCGAAAAAUCCUUCGGGAUAACAUCCAAGGUAUCACUAAACCAGCUAUCCGUCGUCUUGCUCGUCGUGGCGGUGUGAAGCGAAUCUCUGGCCUGAUCUACGAGGAGACCCGUGGUGUUCUCAAAGUUUUCCUUGAGAACGUGAUCCGUGAUGCUGUGACAUACACCGAGCACGCCAAGAGAAAGACUGUGACAGCCAUGGACGUGGUGUACGCUUUGAAGAGACAAGGCCGCACUUUAUUAACCAAGAUGCCAGUAAAAGUUGCAGGAAAGAAAGGUGAGAAGAAAGCCGGAAAGGCUAAAGCCAUCGCUGAUGGAAAGAAGAAGAGGAGAGGAAAGAGAAAGGAAAGCUAUGCUAUCUACAUCUACAAGGUGUUGAAGCAAGUUCACCCUGACACUGGUAUCUCCAGCAAAGCCAUGGGCAUCAUGAAUUCGUUCGUUAACGACAUCUUCGAGCGCAUCGCCACCGAAGCUUCCCGCCUUGCCCACUACAACAAGAAAUCGACCAUCAGCUCUCGCGAGAUCCAGACGGCCAUCAGGCUGCUUCUGCCCGGUGAACUGGCUAAACACGCCGUGAGUGAAGGAACCAAGGCUGUGACGAAGUACACCAGCAGCAAGUAAACUCACUUAAUUGUGGGUUUCCCGCCAAAACCAACGGCUCCCUUAGGAGCCACCAAAUGUUAUAAAAGUCCAUGACCAAUGCUAUAUAUGUUUUUUUUAUUGCGAGCCGCUUAAUGUUGCUUCUGGAAUUACUUUCUUAGACAUUUUAAAACUCUUGGGGAAGAUUUUAGCGU